CUUUUCUCAAAACUACUCAACUACUCAUGUUAUUAUAACAAAUUACUACCAAAUUCGGGCACUAUGUUUUAUAUCAAUCUUGAAUUUCUGGGUUCUUGCAGAUACGUGUUUAAAGGGGCUUUUAUUUUUAAAUCUAACAGGAUCUGAAGGGUUUUAUUCCGUGUUUCUUGACAAAGGUCCGGGCAGUGGGAGGCUGUCAGUCGCAGUCUCCACUCUGCCCGCAUCAUUUUCAGUAAUGUGACAGCGCAGCCGGAGCUGUGUCCCGGUCCGGAUCCCGUCCGCGUCUCACUCUCUGACAUCCGCUCAGGAUGGAUGAGAAGAGAGCCGAACCCGACUUCCUACCCGUUUCCACUCCAGCCACGUUGUACGGAGAAUUUACCCAGAACAGUAACCGGAGAGGUAGGUGGGCUGUAAACCUGACCGAGAAGGACCUCGUCGUCCAGAGGAUCGCGUCGGCACCUGUCGGCCGGAACAAAGUGGUGCUGAGUCUGAGGGACUGCGUCGGCUGCCGGGCAUACCGGGAGGAUGACAAGGCGGACCCGUCGGCGUACUUUGCAGCCUACUUUUACCCACUGAGGAAGCGCCGCUGGAUGACUUCUCCGUCGCGGCAGCGCGUGGAGCAGUGCUUUCGGCUAGCGGCGCUCCAGGACUCGCACGCGAACCUGGAGGAGGCAGAGAAGUGGGCUCGCGCCGUUCGAGAACGCUCUGCCCGGCAACAGCGCCUUAGAGACGAUGUGUUGCUGAACUCGUUGCCCCAUCCUUGCCGGAUCUUGCUGUUUGUGAACCCGCAGAGCGGGAAAGGACAAGCCCUCACCUUGUAUAACAGCCACAUCCAGCGGAUGCUCAAUGAGGCGGGAGUCAUACAUAAACUCAUUAUCACUGAGAGGCAGAAUCACGCCCGGGAGCUGGUGAAAGACGUUGACCUGUCACAGUGGGACGCUUUAGUCAUCAUGUCAGGAGACGGACUGCUGCACGAGGUGAUAAAUGGUCUGCUGGAAAGGCCAGACUGGGAGGAGGCCGUCCGCACUCCGCUGGGUAUCCUUCCUGGAGGUUCAGGCAACGCCUUGGCUGCAUCUGUGCAUUACUACUCUGGCGUCUCUCAGGUCAGAGGCGAGGAGCUGCUGGUCAGCUGUGGUUUCCUGCUCUGCAGAGGACUGGUGUCCCACAUGGACCUGGUCUCCCUCCAUCUUUCCUCCGGCCAGCGCCUCUUCUCCUUCCUCUCCCUGGCCUGGGGCUUCGUGGCCGACGUCGACGUGGAGAGCGAGAAGUAUCGCCACGCCGGAGCAGCCCGGUUCACCGUUGGCACGCUGGUGAGGUUGGCGUCUCUCCGCAUCUACAAGGGUAAGCUGGCUUACCUCCCCGCCAGCAGGGGGCGCCACAUGGACAAGAGAGGAGAGAGGAGAGAGGCGGCAUGCUGCAGAAAUCCCGCCUCCUGUUUGACUCAAACUUUGGAAGAUGACUUCCCAAAUAACACCUGCCACUCCAACAACUCCCUGAAGCUGCGGAGGUCAGAGGGCAGAUCGCCUAGAAGUGCCGCCAAAGCCCUCCCCGGGCCUCCCGACGCCCUGCUGCCGCCUCUGGAUCAGCCGCUGCCGUCCGACUGGGUGCUGGUGCCGGAGGAAGAGUUUGUCCUCAUGCUGGCCAUGCAUCAGUCCCACCUGGCCGAGGACCUCCUGGCGGCGCCCAACGCCCGCCUGGCCGACGGCGUCAUCCAUCUCUUCUACGUCACGGCGGGGAUUUCUCGCAGCGCGUUGCUCCGACUGUUUCUGGCCAUGGAGAAGGGCGCACAUCUGGACACGAACUGCCAGCAUCUGGUGCACGAGAAGGUGCGGGCGCUCAGGCUGGAGCCGGGCGCCGGGAAAGGGAUCAUAACGGUGGAUGGGGAGGUGGUGGAGUACGGCCCGAUUCAGGCCGAGGUGCACGCAGGCCUGGGGAGGGUGAUCAGCGGAUGAGAGGAACAAAAACACCAAGUCUUACCAGUUUUUUUUUGUUUUUUUUUUAUCAAAUAUCUUAGGCUACGUUUA